UGGCGUCUCUAUGGUGAUGUUUGUGUGAGCAACACAAGAUUUCUGGGAUCCAAGGAGCUUUUACUAUUAGGAGCUGACUGCAGUAGACUAGAAUCUAUCUAUCUCUACUAAUCUAUCUCCACUGGAUGAGAAAAAGUCAUGUCUUUUUCAAGCAGAAAACUUCUUCAUCCACGUCAGCUCUACUACACGACUCUACAAGAGGGAUUGUGCUGAAAUAAAUAGGAGAGAGGAAAUCUUUAGGGGCUGCGUUGUCAGGAAGGAAAAUAAUCCUGCUGCACAAUUCAAACAUUAAAUAAAUGCAUCUAUGACAAUGGAUAAAUCUAAAAAUCGUGAGCCACAGAUGACUUUUCAAGCAGUAACACCAGCUGUGGACACACAUCCUAUCACGAGAGCAGGACAUAGUGUGGCUGAGCUCCUAGAGGAUUCUGGGAAUCGUAGGCAGCUCAUCAACCAGGAGCUGAGCCUUCAUCUUCUCAAUGACUCUCACUUCAGUGAGCAGCAGAAGCUGAGACAUGUGUUGGACUGGGCUCACAGUUUCCUCAGCAAUGGGUCAGAGAUUCACCAUGAAUUCUGCAGAGCUGACAGCUUGAUAUUAGCUGACGAAGAGCAAAGUGACACACAGAAUAAUUCACCUGUAUGUAAGCAUUCAUCUGCAGCUAAAUACCAUCAUCCUGUUUCCUGCACUGCAGGUGGUAAUGAGGUAUUAGGAGGAGAAGGAGGGAGUAUGGAGGUUUGGCAACUUGAACCAUCGAAUUAUGAGAACAAUGAAUCAAACAGUCACCUCUGUGCGUGUAAACCUCCUUUCUACAGAGAAUCUCCUGAAAAUAUGCAGCUUCAGGAUUCCACCAAUAAACAAACUAACAGGCAAGACAUGAACUGCAGAAGAGGCAGUCUGUUCAUGUUUAAUCAAAGACAAUGUACCAGCUCAUCAGAAAGAAACACAAAUCAGUUGCUUGCAUUAGAUGGUGCAACAGACUUGAUUCAAGGCUCCACAUCAUGCUGGAUGUUUGAUACUGCGAGGAACCUGAAAUUGAGUUAUAAAACAGCUGCAGCUUCGACAAAAAGAAACAUAUCAGGACUUCAGAUGGAGCAGAGCAAAUCGAAGGUUGAGGGGAAGGUGGAAACAAAGCAGGAAGUUGUAAGGAAGAUAAGUAAAGUUCAAGAAUCUAGCUCUGCUUCUGUGUUGUAUGCAAAGAAUAACAUAAGUGACAGUGAGCCUGAGAAGACACAUGAAUGGAUGGAAAAGACUUCAGACCUUAGUUAUACUCGUCAUUUGAAAGUACCGCCAACGUUGACUGUAUAUGAGCAGUACCAGCUUUGCGUGGAUCGAUUGCAUCACCUCAGAAUAAGACAAAGCCAACAUGUCGAACCGGGAUGCUUCAUGGAGUCACCUGCAAAAGAGAGAACAACGUUGGAAGAAAUGGCAGCACCAGUUGAAGCACCAGUCCUGCUGCCUACAUCUGGCUUUGAAUUGACCUCUUCCCCCACAAAUCCUCAGACUAAAAAACAUCUUAACAAAAGGGUUGAAGAAGCAAAAAUUACAAAGGAGAAGAGUUCAGACGUGAUUUAUAAAAAUGAGGACAGAUCUAAGUACAAAAGAAAUACGGCAACAAUAACUGAACAGGGACAGACCAAACAUUGUGUCAAGAAAACAUGUGCUGCCAUUUGUGCUGAGAGUAAAACACAUUUGGACCUUGAUCACAACAAAUGUGGUGAAUUAAUAAAGGGAACUGAUAAUCUUAUUAACACAUCUAUGAAGCACCUGGGGACUGCAUCUGGUGAUAAUGUUCCAGCUGUGGAGGAGAGUGCUGCACUCACCCCAAACCCAGGUUCGUUUCCAAAGAGAAUCGGAUGUAAUGCAGAAGUAAAGUGUUAUCGGAGUCGUGUCAAAGGUCAAAAGAAAAAAGCUGGUGGUAGAGGUGCCUCAUUGAAACUCUGUGAAAAGUCCCUGUCUUCUCCCAGUAAAGAAAUAUUACAAAGACCUCAGUCAUCAGGAGGCAUCAAACACACAAAAAGACACAUACCAGAGGACAAAGCUAAACGUACUGCAGCCUAUAGAGAUACACCCAAAUGUCUGCAACUUACAAGGACACACACAAGUCUUCAUGAUGACCUACGACCAACCUCACCAGCCUCGGGUGAAUGUCAAUGUGAACAAACUGACUGCAAAUAUGUGCCAGCAGGGGUCCCUGUAUGUGACAGCUGGCUGCGUCUGCCUGAUGAGGUGUGGCUGUCCAUCCUGUCUCUGCUGCCUCAGAGAGAUCUGUGCAGAGUGCUGCAGGUCUGCAGCCGCCUGCACACUCUGGCCACUGAUCACACACUCUGGAAAGAUCUGAGGGUUGAAAACUCCAACCUGACAGAGCAGUGGUUACUCUGUGCGAGCAGACGUCGUCCUCGCAGUCUGUGUCUGUACAGCUGCGGUGGCCCGUCUCUCACCUCCUGUGGGCUGGAGAUGUUUUUCACUCUGUGCAGAAAAACUCUGGAGGAACUACAGGUCACAAGUUGUACUGGUCCUAGUCUCCAUGGGGACCAGAUGCUGCCUCUGAUUGGUCAGUUGUGUGAUCAUGUGAUCAGUGUUGACGUGAGCUGGAGUGGAGCAACAGACACAGGAGUGAAAGCUCUGAGUGACUGCUGUGCAGGGUUGCAACUUAAAUCUGUUGUCCUGAACGGCUGUCAUGUCACUGAUGACCCCCUAAUAAAACUCGUCAAGAGACACAAAGAAAGUCUGUACAGAUUGGAGGUGUUUGGCUGUCAGUUCCUUACUCCAUCCUGUCUACAGACUGUAUAUGAGAUGUGUCCUGGCCUCCAGCAUCUCAACAUCGGACAGGUGCCAAAAGUCAACGCACAGAGCCUCACAGUGUUGACAUCACAGCUCAAAUGUCUCAUUUCACUAAAUCUCACUGGACUACAGGCGGUUACUGAUGCCACAGUGGACACGUUGCUUCAGAAGUGUGUCAAACUUCAGAGUUUGACGUUCAGUUCCUGUCCUGGAGUCACUGACCAGACACUGCACAGCAUCAGCAAAUACACACCUUGUAUUAGUCAGAGUGUGCGUUUGUGCGUCAGAUCCCUGGAUGUGAGCGGCUGUAAGGCAGUGACAGAUGCAGGAGUUCAGUCUCUGGCUCUGGGGUGUAGAAGACUCCAGCAGCUGGACCUCAGCUCCACUGGCACAGGAAACAGAGGGGUUACUCUGCUGGCAAAUUACUGCAGCGGACACCUCCAUACUGUGAAACUCAGUUUCUGCCACGUCACCUCAGAGAAUAUACUGAAGCUCUGCAGACGCUGCAAGAGGUUGAAGGUGCUCCAUCUCUACGGUUCUGCUCAUCUCCCCACUGAGAGAGAGAUCAGAGAAGUCAACACUGCUGUUAAAGUUUACCCUCUGGCCUGAUUCACACACAAACAUCUGCACACAACUGGACAGAUAUACACAACAUAUAAUAGUAGACACUAAGCAAUGUCAUAACAUUCCUACUUUUAUAUACAUAUUUGUGAUGUUACAGUAAUGGGCUGAAUGAGGUCUCAAAGAGGAUUAUGUUCAGAGAUUAAUAAAAUCUAUUUGAAUUUA